UCCUCCAUCUUCUUAUUGUUUGUCAAAUAUCUCGAAAGAUUUGAUUCAUUGCCAAAAGAGAAUCCUUCUCGUAGUUUCCGAUGACGAAAGAUGGUGAUGAUAACCACGCCGAGGAGGGUUCCAGAGGUGAGAAGAGAUGUCUUGAUCUUCUGGCGAGGUUGCUUGACUCUUACCGUGAGGAAGAAACAAGAAGUGUACGAGGAAAAGAAGAAGAUGCUAGUGAAUCUACGGAGAUUUCAUUAGGCAUGCAAACGACUGAUGAACGCAAUAAUCAACAAAACCCUACUAAUAUCCGUCAGGACACUGCUUCUUCUUCCUCGAGUUUGUCCUCUGUGGUGUCUCAAGAACCCGUCGUCAGAGCAGAGCCUCUUAGGGAAGUACAGCCUCCGGUCAGAAGGGUUACACCGGAAUGGCUGAUUACUCUGAUGAGAAGAGUAAGAGGUGCCAACGCCAAGCUGGUGAUUGAUAAGACGAUUCAGACGAGUGAUGUCAACCCUAACCAAGGACGUCUCUUGGUUCCCUUUAACCAGAUAAUAGAGAUGGACUUCUUGAACGAGGCAGAGUUGCACAUUAUAGAUGACCAUCAAAGAGAUAAUAAUAAUAAUAAAGGUCUUGAUGUGAUCGUGGUCGCAUCCGAUGGUACAAGAUGGAAUGCUAAACUAAGGAGAUGGAAUAUGACCCGUCCGAAUUACGCCUUAUGUUCAGGAUGGAACGGCGUCGUCCGCGAUGCCGUGCUGAAGAACAAGGUAGGGCAGAUUUUUAGCCUAUGGUCAUUCCACUCCCAAGAUGGGACGAAGCUCUAUCUAGCCUUCUUUGAUCCGCCUCCAGCUAGAGAGUUAUCUCCAUGUGAAGUGGCACUCAGGCAACUUCCUCAACUUCCAACGGGAAGGAGAACUCCUCGAGUUUGUGUUUCAUCUUCUUCUCCACCAAGAGUUUCCGGCAACCUCGGCCAAUGCAUGCUAGAUCCAAACCAACCAUUGGUUCAAGAGAUGGCUCGUCUUGAAGUUGAACAAGAGAUGCAUGAUGGGAGGACUUCACUUGAGUCAGUCACAGAGACGAUGACGACGGUGGACCUAGAUAUACCACUGGUUCCAGUGCGAACGGAGACGGCUUCUCUUGAAGCUGUACAAGAGACCUCACAGGAAUCAGCCAGAGAGACGACGACGGUGGAUCUCGAGCUCAGGCUGUGGUUUCAGUAAGAGAUUCCUUGGAAAGACGGCUAUGCUAUAUAUGUGACUUAACCUUUAGCUCUUUGUUACCGUGUCACCCAAGUAGUUUCUUUUUUUAGGCUUUCAAAUGUUUUUUUUUUUGGUUUUGUUUUGUCCAUUACUCUAGAGUGGUCGUUAUAAGAGAUUCCUUGGAAAACAGCAUUGCUACGUGACUUCAUCUUUGUUUAUUCUUGACCCUAGCUCUCUUUGCCGUGUCACCCAAGUAGUUUCUUUCUUUAGG